AUAUAUAUAUAUAUAUAUAUAUAAUAACCAGGCAACCAUCUACCAACUUAAAAAAGCUUCAAAACUUGCAGACAGAAACAAGAGGUCAUUCAUUCAUGGCAACCAAGUUCAUUAAUCAACUGAGAAGUUGCAUUUGCAAUGAUGAGAGCUUGGCUUCCAUGUCUCCAAGAGUACCACACUACACUCCCUCCAUGACCAAGAGCCCAAAAAGCUUGUCUCCCCAUGAAAACAACAACAACAACUACAACUCCGAGGAACGCUCUGAUCAGUUUAUGAACGCUGUGUUCCAAGUCACCGGAAUGACAUGCUCUGCAUGUGCUGCUUCCGUCGAAAAGGCCGUCAAGAGGCUUGCCGGAAUACGCCAAGCCUCGGUCGAUGUUCUAAACAAUAGAGCUCUUGUUCUAUUCUAUCCCUCCUUUGUUACUGAGGAAGAGAUUCGUGGGAAAAUUGAAGAUGCUGGAUUUCAAGCCACUUUGAUCAAAGAAGAGAGUAAUGCAAAAUCCAUACAAAAAUGUCGAAUUCGUAUAAAGGGAAUGACUUGCACAUCUUGCUCAUCCACUGUUGAAUCAGCUUUGAAUGCACUUCAUGGUGUUCAAAGCUCAAAUGUGGCUUUAGCAACUGAAGAAGCACAAGUUCAUUAUGAUCCCAAGGUCAUCAGCUACAACCAGCUCCUUCAAACCGUAGAAGAUACUGGUUUCGAAGCCAUGUUAAUCAGUAUAGGAGAAGAUAUAAGCAGGAUUGAAAUUGAAAUUGAAGGAAUGAAAACUGACCAUUCCAUUGCAACCAUAACAAAGUCUCUCCAAGCUCUACCAGGUGUUCAAGAUGUAGAUAUACUGCCUGAACUCAAUAAAAUCUCCAUUUCUUACAAACCAGAAUUGACAGGACCAAGAACUUUCAUUGAAGUAAUAGAGUCUACUGGUUCUGGCCAUUUCAAAGCCAUGAUAUAUCCUGAAGGAAGAGGAAAAGACUCUUAUAGACAGCAGGAGAUUAAGCAGUACUACAAAUUCUUUUUAUGGGGCUUGAUUUUCACUAUUCCAGUAUUUUUAACCUCCAUGGUUUUCAUGUAUGUUCCUGGAAUAAAGAGACUGUUAGACGCCAAAAUUGUUAAUAACCUCACUAUUGGUGGGAUUUUGAGGUGGGAGCUGUCAACUCCGGUGCAAUUUAUCGUUGGCUGGAGGUUUUAUAUUGGUUCUUACAAAGCCUUGCGCCAUGGUUCUCCUAAUAUGGAUGUUUUGAUUGCUUUAGGAACAAAUGCAGCUUACUUUUACUCUGUCUACACAGUGUUAAGAGCCGCUAACUCCAGAGACUUCAACGGAGCUGAUUUCUUUGAGACCAGUGCAAUGCUUAUAACAUUCAUUCUGUUGGGGAAGUAUUUGGAGGUUUUGGCUAAGGGAAAGACUUCUGAGGCAAUUGCCAAGCUUAUGGAGUUAGCACCUGAGACAGCAACAUUGUUGACUCUAAAUGAGGAAGGAAAUGUGAUUGGCGAGCUAGAAAUUGAUAGCCGGUUGAUACAAAAGGAUGAUGUGAUAAAGGUUGUUCCUGGUGCAAAAGUAGCCUCGGAUGGUUUGGUUAUAUGGGGGGAAAGUCAUGUCAAUGAGAGCAUGAUAACAGGAGAAGCAAAGCCUGUGUCGAAAAGGAAGGCUGAUUCAGUAAUCGGUGGCACCGUGAAUGAGAAUGGGGUGUUGCAUGUCAAGGCAACAAGAGUUGGAUCAGAGAGUGCACUGUCACAGAUAGUUCGCCUUGUUGAGUCUGCCCAAAUGGCUAAAGCUCCUGUCCAGAAGUUUGCAGACAGGAUUUCUAAGUACUUUGUGCCAUUGGUUAUCACAUUUUCAUUUUCAACUUGGUUUGCCUGGUUUUUGGCAGGAAAGUUGCACAGCUAUCCACAUUCAUGGAUACCAUCUUCCAUGGACAGUUUUGAGCUUGCACUUCAGUUUGGUAUAUCGGUUGUGGUAAUAGCCUGCCCUUGUGCUUUAGGCCUAGCAACUCCUACUGCUGUUAUGGUUGGUACAGGAGUUGGUGCAUCUCAAGGUGUGCUGAUUAAAGGUGGUCAGGCAUUAGAAAGUGCUCAUAAGGUGAACUGCAUUGUGUUUGACAAGACGGGAACUCUCACAGUUGGGAAGCCAGUGGUUGUUAACACAAGACUCUUGAAACAAAUGCUACCUCAAGAGUUCUACGAACUUGUUGCUGCAACUGAGGCGAACAGUGAACAUCCUCUAGGAAAGGCCAUCAUUGAGUAUGCCAAAAUAUUCCGUGAAGAUGCAGAGAACCCUUUGUGGCCAGAAGUACAAGACUUUGUCUCCCUUACUGGUCAGGGAGUGAAGGCUAUGGUUCGGAACAAGGAAAUUAUUGUGGGAAACAAGAGCUUAAUCUUGGAGAAGGACAUCACUAUCCCGACAGAUGCUGAAGAAGCACUUGCGGAAGCUGAAGGAAUGGCUCAAACUGGAAUUAUAGUGUCUAUUGACAGAGAAGUAGCAGGGGUUAUAGCCAUUUCUGAUCCAUUGAAACCAGGUUCUCAAGAAGUCAUUUCUAUUCUCAAAUCCAUGAAAGUUAAGAGCAUCAUGGUGACAGGUGACAAUUGGGGUACGGCCAAUUCUAUUGCUAAGGAAGUUGGCAUUGAUACUGUGAUUGCGGGAGCCAAACCCGAGCAGAAAGCAGAGGAAGUGAAGCAUUUGCAGGCUUCAGGCUAUACAGUGGCAAUGGUGGGCGACGGAAUCAAUGACUCACCAGCGCUUGUGGCGGCAGACGUUGGAGUGGCAAUUGGUGCUGGCACAGACAUAGCAAUUGAGGCAGCUGACAUUGUUCUUAUGAAGAGCAACUUGGAGGAUGUGAUCACAGCCAUUGAUCUUUCCAGGAAAACUUUUCUCCGUAUUCGUUUGAACUAUAUCUGGGCAUUGGGUUAUAAUGUGCUUGGCAUUCCAAUAGCUGCAGGAGCCCUUUUCCCAUCCACAGGUUUCCGAUUGCCACCAUGGAUUGCUGGAGCUGCAAUGGCAGCCUCCUCUGUUAGUGUUGUUUGCUGUUCUCUUUUGUUGAAGAAUUACAGGAGACCAAAGAAACUGGACAAUCUUGGGAUACAUGGAAUAAGAAUUGAAUGAACUAACGGAUUUCUUUUUUCUUUUUCGUAUGCCAUUUACGGUUAUAUUUCUUCUUGGAAAUAUCUCUUAGAUUGAUCAAAAACAGAUGAAAAUAAUGUAACCUUGCCAGUUGGUAUUCCAUGUGCUCAAGAAAAUAUUUGAUAUCAAAAGCAAAAUUUCCAGAAAAUUCCAGGCUGUUACGAGUAAAUUUGGUAAACAAAGACAUUCAUAGUUGGUCCAAUAUUUUUCCUUUUGCUGUAAACAAGAGUUUGGAGUUUUGUUUAACAAUUGAAGGCUGAUAAGCUCUCUUAAGCUUGAAUAACUCAUCACCAAUGGAUUCUACCAUGAUAAGAAUUUUGGAGAUAAAGUUGGUGCAGCACAAGUAGAAACCUGUUAUUUCCAUAUAAGUUGUAUAAUAGCACAUGUAUUAAAGUUUUAUGUCAUAAGAUUCACACACAGCACCGUAGAUGUCACAUUUACAGCAGGAUUAGCCAUCACAAGACCCAAACCGC